AUGAAUGUGUUUGUCGCUGGAUUGAUUCUCGGCUUGUUAAUCGCAGGAAAUGUACUAGCAGUUUUAAUCGUCCUUUGGCGAACAUCAGCUACAAGCUCUACAAAUACGAGUUUAGUCAGUACAACUGUAACAAAUAAAAGUUCAACAACAACAACAGCAACUACUACGACUGCACCUCCGUCAUCGGCCUGCGUAUAUAAUACCAGUAUAACUUUCUACAAUGAUCAAUUUCUUUAUUCUCCAACAUCACAAACUUAUGCAGCUGGGAUGUUAAACAAUCAAUUUGGUGUUUUCAAAGCUUAUAGCUAUGGAAAUGUAACUGCACAAGCUAUAUGGACUGCAAAUCAAACUUCCACAUCCGUUCCAUGUUUUCUUGCUCUACAAACUGAUCGUAAUUUAGUUGUCUACGCAACGCGUAAUCAAACAGUACUAUGGGCGGCUAACAUUUAUAAUAAUGGCACUGGAAAACCAUUCUGUUUUAAAAUAUCCGAUUCUGGAAACCUAAUCUGGACUGACAACAGUAACUCGAUCGUCUGGCAAACAAAUACAGCACAAACGGGAUAA